UUUAGUGACGAAUGUGUUUAUUUUAUAGUUUUACUAUAGGACUACGUAUCAUAACAAAUGACGAGACGUGAUUUAGUUAAGCAUUUUUGUUUCUUGCAAAUUUUAGCUAGCUAACAUUAUUAGCUAGCUUGGUACGACACUAGGCUGUAGCCAAUUCUUAAGUGUCAACGUUAUCGACUGAAAAGCAGUGAUUUGCUUGCAAUCUAUUCAUUAUCAACUAACUGGCGUCCUAAUCUUUACCUGCAUUGUGAAUGGACGUGAGUUUGAUCAUUGGAGUAACUAGAUAGGUGGCUAGAUAGAUAGCUAAGUAGCUAGCUUUCUUGUUAUUGUUGCAGCUAACAACAUUAGCUAGCUUGCUAACUGUCUAGCCAUCCACUUAGCUGAUGCGCUCAUUACAGCAGGCUAGCUAGUUAGUUUUCGUGCUGUACUUAGCUAGGUUACAUAUUCCAAUUACUAGCUUUAUAGGCUACAGUACAAGAUUUGAGCAAUAACCACAUACCACGCUUCGAAAUGCCUGCCCCUAAAAGACAACAGACUUCUCAGGAUCCUCAAACUAAGAGAAGAAAGUUGGAUCAGAAUGAAGUGGCCAUGCCAUCUAACAAAAUGACACCAGCUGCUGCAACAUCAAGCAAGCCCCAUAGAGAAGGACCUUCACAGAGAAGGAGUAAGAAAAAGUCCCCAGCACAACGAAAAGACAGAAAUAAACCAUCAAAGUCCGGCCGUCAUUCCUCCAAGACAAGAUCAGCCCAAAAGGCCACCACAAGGACCAAGUCCAAUCCCCCUGUCAAGAAUGCUAAGCUGCCGAAAGCCACAAGUACCUCAUCAAAUAAUCCCAACUCUAAAGGAACCCUAAAAAGAUCAGCCAAGAUCUCAAAAACAGCUUCCACAGAGUCAGACGAGGAGCUUAUCAGAACUCGCAAACCCGAUUGCAUCAGAAAAUACUCUAAUGGGGAUAGAGGUAAGCGUAAAGGGGCACAGACUAACCCAAAUGAAGCAGCCUUACCCUCAGACCCUGUGCAAAUGGAUCACAAUUAUGGUAUACCACCUGCAUCUCGUGGUAGUCACUCUGAAUGUGAUCAAAGUCAAACGAAGGGAGUCGCAGAGUCCACCAGAAGCCCAGAGAGCCAGAUAGAUGUAAAGAUGGGAACUCCAGCAUCUUCAGUGAAGGCUUCAGAUCCCGUACCUAAACAACCUGAGCAGGUGAACCAGAGCAGUGAGACACAGGAGAUGCAGGGAAAUUCUGUGACUACUCCUACAGAUGAAGUUAAUGAGAGUGUAGAGACCAAGCCUGAAACACAAAUAAUGUCUCCCGCUAUGUUAGCAUCCUCUGAGAAAGCUUCAGACCCCAUCCUUGAGCAGUUGAACCAGAGCAGUGAGAUGCAGGGAGAUUCUGUGACUACUCCUACGAAUGAAGUUAAUGGGAGUGUGGAGACCAAGCCUGACACACAAAUAAUGUUUCCUCCUGCUAUAUUAGCAUCCUCUGAGAAAGCUUCAGACCCCAUCCCUGAGCAGUUGAACCAGAGCAGUGAGACACAGGAGAUGCAGGGAGAUUAUGUGACUAUUCCUACAGAUGAAGUUAAUGAGAGUGUAGAGACCAAGCCUGAUACACAAAUAAUGUCUCCUCCCGCUAUAUUAGCAUCCUCUGAGAAAGCUUCAGACCCCAUCCAUGAGCAGUUGAACCAGAGCAGUGAGACACAGGAGAUGCAGGGAGAUUAUGUGACUACUCCUACAGAUGAAGUUACUGAGAGUGUAGAGACCAAGCCUGACACGCAAAUAAUGUCUCCUCCCGCUAUAUUAGCAUCCUCUGAGAAAGCUUCAGGCCCCAUCCAUGAGCAGUUGAACCACAGCAGGAAGAUGCAGGGAGAUUCUGUGACUACUCCUACAGAGGAAGUUAAUGAGAGUGUAGAGAUCAAGCCUGACACACAAAUAAUGUCUCCUCUCGCUAUAUUAGCAUCUUCUGAGAAAGCUUCAGACCCCAUCCCUGAGCAGUUGAACCAGAGCAGGAAGAUGCAGGGAGAUUAUGUGACUACUCCUACAGAUGAAGUUAAUGAGAGUGUAGAGACCAAGCCUGACACACAAAUAAUGUCUCCUCCCGCUAUAUUAGCAUCCUCUGAGAAAGCUUCAGACCCCAUCCAUGAGCAGUUGAACCAGAGCAGUGAGACACAGGAGAUGCAGGGAGAUUAUGUGACUACUCCUACAGAUGAAGUUACUGAGAGUGUAGAGAAUAAGCCUGACACACAAAUAAUGUCUCCUCCCGCUAUAUUAGCAUCCUCUGAGAAAGCUUCAGAUCCCAUCCAUGAGCAGUUGAACAAGAGCAGUGAGAUGCAGGGUGUUCAGGAAGGUUCUGUGAUCACCCCUACAGUUCAAGUUAAUGAGAGUGUAGAGAGCAAGCUUGAUGCAUGUAUCAAGUGUGCAGACCCUGUAUCUGAACAGAGCACCAAGAUGCAGGAAAAUGCGACGACCACCCCUGCAGGUCUUGUUGAGGAACGUCUAGAGACUAAGGUCAAUGCGGAAAUAUUAUCUCCUCCAGCUAAAGGCCUGGUAGCAUAUAGCAGCAGUAGUGAUUCCGAAUGUGAAAGUGAGGAAAAUGAAAGGAAGGCAGUCGAAGAGUCAAGAGAUGUGACAAUGGAAACUCAAGUAUCUUCAGAGAAGGUUACAGACCCUGUACAUGAACAGGUGAAGCAGAGCAGUACGAGCCAGCAGAUACAGGAAGAUUCCAUGACCACCUCUACAUAUGAAGUUCGUGAAGGUCCCAUGACCACCCCUAGUGAGAGUGUAGACACCAAGCUUGAUACAAAUAUAAAGUCUCCAUCUAUAGAAGCGUUUUCAGAGGACGCUUCAGACCCUGUCCCUGAACAGGUUAAUCAGAUAUGCAUCGAAAUAGAGGAUAUGCAGAAGAAUUCCAUGACCACCUCUCCAGAUGAAGUAGUUGAACAUUUAGAUACCAAGCUUGAUGCAAAAAUAGAUAUCCCUCCACCUCUAGAAGUGUCCUUUGAGGAGACCCAUACAGUUGAAGUCAGUGAGAGUGCAGGAACCACGCUUGAUGCACAUAUAAAGGGUCCACACCCUGCAACUGUACAUGUGAUGCAGAGCACUGAGAUGCGGGAAGAUUCUGCGCCCACCCCUGCAGAUCAAGUUAGUGAGAGUUUAGACACCAAGCUUGAUAUCGAAGUAAAAUCUCCUCCGCCCGUGGAAGUAGCCUCAGAAGAGACUUCAGACAAUGUCUCAGAACAGGUGAAGCAGAGUGCUGAGAGACAGGAGGUCCAGGAAGAUACCAUGACCAUCCCUACAGAUAAACCUCGGGAAAGUUUAGAGACAAUGUCGGGUGCUAAGAUAAAGUCUCCACCCCUAGAAGCACUUUUCAGUGCUCUGAAGGAGUCCAGUCUUUGCAAACACCCUCUGUCUGACACAAUGCGCUCAAAUGUCAAAGAGUUUCUGGAAGUAGAGGAUUCCUUAGAAAUCAUGAAUAAAGACUGUGACUUUGGUGUGACGGAGAGCAUUGAGUGUACCUUAGACCUGGAGACCCCGAUUAUUGUUGAGGAUAUGGAGAUCGGUCACUGUGUUGUGGAGGUGGUGGGAGAGAAUGGGGAAGAUGUGGAUAUGGAUAGUGAUCUGGAAAUCAUAGACAACUCUAAGGAGGUGCCAGAGAAGACAGUCCAGCUAACCAAAGGGUCUGAAGAGGAUUUCCGUCUAGAUAACAGUGAAGCUGGUACUGAAAACAAAGGCACACGUUCCUCUAACCAAGACAGCACAAAUAGUGGCAAGAAGGAAGUUGCCAAAAAGACACAGUGUAGCCCGGAAAAACCUAAGAAACAGCAGAUGAACCCUCAGGCUCGGACUAAAGCCCGACUAGCGGCGCUAGCUGAGCAAAAGGCCGCCGCCUCCAAAAAAGCGAGCAGGCAGCUCAACCUCCUUGCCUUAUGUGAGGAAAUAGCGGACGAUAUCGCCACGGACACCAUGCUAUUAAAGACGGAGGAAGAGGAUGAGCAGGUUGUAACGGUUGAGGCUGAACCCAGCAAGGAGCCAGAAUGCCCACAGCCUUUCACACAAACUGAGACUGUCCCUAUCCCUCCAACUCCUGCCGGGCCCAAGGAGCCCUCUACCCCAGUAGCACCCGUUGCUGCAGUUUCUGCUCCAGCCAAGCCCCCAGCUCCAGAGACACCACAGAGGCGCUUCUUCAUCAGUCAAGUGACGGUGCCCCUCAAAAUCCACGAGAAGAAGAAGCUUACCAGGUUCCAGAGGCUGCGGCAGGUGGAGCUGCAGCGGGAGAAGAAUAUGUCCUGGACCAUGGUGAAGAAGCUCAAGUCCGAUCAGGCCAAUCAGAAGAUGUUUCCGGAGACAGAGGUUAAACCUGCCCCCCCAUUACUGUCCACUCCAGCAGUAGCAGCACCCAUCCCAGUGACCACAACACCCUCACCCCCCUCAGCCAGUCCAGCAGCACCCACAGUAACUGCACCCUGUCCUACCCCAUCCGCAGCCAGCCCAGCAGUAACCCCUAAGCUUGAGCCCCCCAAAGUUGAGCCCCCCAAAGUGACCCCAAGUAAGGGACCCACCCUUAGAAAGAGGACACUUCCAGCAGUACCCCCGCCGAUGCCCAACGGGCUGAAAGCUCAGAAGGCCAAGCCUGUGGCGGAGUAUAAGCCUUACAAAGCCAGGCCCAAGUACUCUUUUGAUGACUUUCAACUGGAUGACGAGCCGAAACCCACAGUGCAGAAGGCAGUAUUACCGACCGUGCAGAGGACAGCAUUGAGACCUACAUCUACCACCAUUCCGAAGGCAGCAGUGACACUUACGACAGCGGCCAAACAUGAGGACUCAAAACCUACCGGCCAGAAGACAGCAGUGCCUACCAUGCAGAAGCCAGGAGUACCUACCGGCCAGAAGACGGCGGUACCUACCGGCCAGAAGACGGCGGUACCUACCGGCCAGAAGACGGCGGUACCUACCGGCCAGAAGACGGCGGUACCUACCGGCCAGAAGACGGCGGUACCUACCGGCCAGAAGACGGCGGUACCUACCGGCCAGAAGACGGCGGUACCUACCGGCCAGAAGACGGCGGUACCUACCGGCCAGAAGACGGCGGUACCUACCGGCCAGAAGACGGCGGCACCUACCGGCCAGAAGACGGCGGCACCUACCGGCCAGAAGACGGCGGCACCUACCGGCCAGAAGACGGCGGCACCUACCGGCCAGAAGACGGCGGCACCUACCGGCCAGAAGACGGCGACACCUACCAUGCAGAAGACGGCGACACCUACCAUGCAGAAGACGGCGACACCUACCAUGCAGAAGACGGCGACACCUACCAUGCAGAAGACGGCGACACCUACCAUGCAGAAGACGGCGGUACCCACCGCGCAGAAGCCGGCGGUACCCACCAGCCAGAAGACGGCGGUACCUACCGCGCAGAAGCCGGCGGUACCCACCGCGCAGAAGCCGGCGGUACCCACCGCGCAGAAGCCGGCGGUACCCACCCCGCAAAAAAUAGUUGUGCCUACCACUCAGAAGACCGCACCAACUGUGCAGGAGGCAGUUGUGACAAAUCCAACAGUGCAGAAGGCAGUAGAGACACCGACCCCUAUGCCCGGAAAUGAGGACUCCAAACUCACUGUACUGAAGGCAGAAGUGCUUAAUCCCACUGUACAAAAGGAAACCUUGGUACCUACACUUACCCCUCAAACUGAGCAGAAAGCGGAAGCAUCACCUACGCCCAAAACUGCCAAAGAUAAGGAUUCCAUAGCACCAGUGUCUUCCCCUCCCUUUGAAGAGACCCCACGAGAUUCUGUUGACAAGGAUCAGUGUGAAGAAAAGCCUGCUGUUGCUGAGAUUAAACCGGCAUCCCCAGAGGUCAAGACAGAGGGCACGACAACAACAGAGUCCUCUGACUCUGUGGUCGUGCAAUCAGCAGAUAAUAGCAGUCCCCUCUCUGACACAUGUCUGCAGAAAGAGAUAAAAAAACUAAAGGAGGCCGACAAAGAUGACAAUCAAACCACCACUGAUGCAGGGCAGAAGCACUUUGGAGCGGUGACCUGCGGUGUGUGUGGGAUGCUGUAUUCUGCUGCCAACCCGGAGGAUGAGUCCCAGCACCUGCACUUCCACAACCAGUUCAUCAGUGCUGUCAGAUAUGUGGGGUGGAAGAAGGAGAGGAUUCUGGGAGAGUACCCCGAUGGCAAGAUCAUCCUUGUCCUUCCAGAUGACCCCAAAUAUGCACUGAAGAAGGUUGAGGAGAUCAGAGAGAUGGUGGACAAUGACCUGGGCUUCCAGCAGGUGGAGACCAAGUGUCCCUCCCAGACCAAAACCUUCCUGUUCAUCUCCAAUGACAAGAAGGUGGCUGGGUGCCUGAUCGCUGAGCAUAUUCAAGAGGGCUACAGGGUGAUCGAGGAGGCGGUACCCGAGGGCUCGGAGGGAGAGAAGGUGAUGUUUGAGCGUCAGAGAGCCUGGUGUUGUUCCACUGACCCAGAGCCAGCCCUCUGUGGCAUCAGCCGCAUCUGGGUCUUCAGCAUGAUGAGACGGACGGGCAUCGCCUCGCGCAUGAUCGAGUGUCUCAGGAACAACUUCAUUUACGGCUCCUACCUGAGCAAGGAGGAGAUUGCCUUCUCCGACCCAACGCCCGACGGGAAGCUUUUCGCUACACACUACUGCGGCACCUCGCAGUUCCUGGUUUAUAACUUUGUCAGUGGGACUCGGUCAGACCAACCGAGUCUUAGCGUGGUGUAAGUAAUCGCAUCAAGGUGGAUUUAUUGCUGAGGCUCAGUGAGACUUGCCCUCACCAACUAACCAACCAAUCUCUGGAUCUUGUCGUGGGGACAGCCUGUCACAAGCACAUUGUGGUUCUUUUAGACUGAAGAGUUAAGACUCAGACUGACUCUUCUGAGGGGGACAUCUUGGUUUUUAAUCUCAGGUUGACAACAACAACUUGUUGUUUGAAAAAUAUUUAAAUUCUCCCUUUAAUCCCUGCAUAGUAUUUUGAGACAAAUAAUAUUUUUCUUUAUGUUUUUUAAAUAAGAAACAAGCGUUUUAUUGGAAGUAUUAAAGCGUUUACAUGCAUGAAACUUGACAGCAAUAGAAUACAAAGAGCAUUUCACAAUUUAUAAUUUCCAAAAAUCGGAGAGAUACACUACAUUUUACUCAAACGGUUCUAAAACAAUGCUGUGGUCCUGUUCUAAUAAUGCAUUGAAUUCAUUUUAGCCUCUUAAAUCAGGUUAAAAGUUGCUGUACUAAGGUCAAGACUUAUUCCUCUUGUGUAGGGGAUGUUCUUGCACACAUCAUGUUCAUCAUCUCUUGACAUUUCAUGCAGUGAUAUUAUGACCACAGGUCAUUAUGAGGUUCCAUUAUGUGAUGGGGUACAUUGCUAAACUCAGCAAGAAAAGAAACGUCUUCUCACUGUCAACUGUGUUUAUUUUCAGCAAACUUAACAUAUGUAAAUGUCUGUAUGAACAUAACAAGAUUUAACAACUGAGACAUAAACUGAACAAGUUCCAUAGACAUGUGACUAACAGAAAUGGAAAUGGAAUAAUGGAAUAAAAAUGGAAAUGGAAUAAUGUUUCCCUGAACAAAAGGGGGGGGGGUUAACAUCAGAAGUAACAGUAUCUGGUGUGGCCACCAGCUGCAUUAAGUACUGCAGUGCAUCUCCCAUGGACUGCACCAGAUUUGCCAGUUCUUGCUGUGAGA